AUGGCUUCUCUCAAGCUAGUUCUUUUUACUUCUCUUGCUCUUUUCUCCAUAUCCACAGCCUCUAGAUUGAUCCCACAAUCUCAAGCCCCAUCUCAGCAGGGCCCACUAACUACAUCUCCAUCACUAUCUCAAGCAACGCCAUCUCCGCCGGCAUUUACCUAUGUGUGUGACCCACAAAGGUAUUUUGAUUUGGGCCUAAAUGUUUCAUCCUUCUCUUUCUGUGACACAUCGUUGCCAUUCGAUGUGCGGGCGAAGGAUCUUGUCGAUAGUAUGACGGUCGAGGAAAAGGUUGUGCAGCUUGGUAAUACGGCAGUCGGUGUGCCGAGAUUAGGCCUUCCUAAGUAUGAAUGGUGGUCUGAGGCUCUACAUGGUGUAUCCAAUGUGGGUCCUGGGACUAAGUUCACUGAUGAAGUGCCUGGUGCAACCAGCUUUCCUACUCCCAUUCUUACAACAGCUUCUUUCAAUGAGACCUUAUGGAGAACCAUUGGAGAGUCUGUUUCUACUGAAGCAAGGGCCAUGCACAAUCUAGGUGCAGCUGGAUUGACAUUUUGGAGUCCCACCAUGAAUGUGGUUAGGGAUCCUAGGUGGGGUAGGACCCUCGAGACACCUGGUGAAGAUCCAUUUGUCGUCGGCCGCUAUUCUGUUAACUAUGUUAGGGGCUUGCAAGAUGUUAAGGGCCAUGAAAAUCCAACUGACUUGAAAUCUAGGCCUCUUAAGGUUUCGGCAUGUUGUAAGCAUUACGCAGCCUAUGACGUUGAUAAUUGGUUAGGCGCAGAUCGCUUCCAUUUCGAUGCAAAGGUAAUCGUUUCCAGCCUUUGCCAAUUUUAAAUGCUUAGUUGAUUUUUUGGUAGUGUUUGGUUGCACUAAAUAUCAUGAUAUUCAUGGUAUUUCAUGAUCAGUUAUUCUAAUUUGGUGUAAUAUAUAUUAGGGGUUUACAUGGU